GGUCAGAGGGGGUGGGGAGUAGAGCACCUGGGGCCAGGGCACAGCCCUGCACCCUACAAGGGAAGCCUCUGACGCGUCUGCUUCUGCAGGUGACUAUGGCCGACCGAGCAGCAGCUGAGAGGGCUUGCAAAGACCCUAACCCCAACAUCGAUGGCCGCAAGGCCAACGUGAACCUGGCCUAUCUGGGCGCGAAGCCGAGGAGCCUCCAUUCCGGCUUUGCCAUCGGUGUACAGCAGCUGCACCCCACCUUGAUCCAGCGGACAUAUGGGCUGACCCCCCACUACAUCUACCCACAAGCCAUCGUCCAGCCCAGCGUGGUGAUCCCGGCUGCUCCCGUCCCGUCGCUGUCCUCGCCCUUCAUUGAGUACACGCCGGCCAGCCCCGCCUACACUCAGUAUCCACCAGCCACCUACGACCAGUACCCAUACGCUGCCUCGCCCGCCUCGGUCACCAGUUUCGUGGGCUACGGCUACCCGGCCUCCAUGCCCCCGGGCCUCUCCACUGCGGCCCCUGCGGGCACCACCUUCGUGCAGUACCAGCCUCCGCAGCUGCAGCCCGACAGGAUGCAAUGAGGCCGCUGCCCCGAUCGCCACCUAUCACCCACACACCCACCAGGCAAGCGGCUGACCAAUCUCGGGGUGCACAAGGGCACCUGUGCCUCUGGGGACCCUGCAGAACCCCCCACCUCACCCCAGAUGGCCUGGAAACCGCUUCCCUUUAAAUUCAGGACCUGCCAUGUCUGGAGGGAGGACUUUGAGAGAGAAGGAUGAGCGGAAGCUCUAGAAGAUGCAACCCGACCUCCCAGCACACAGCCUGCCUUCUCCCUUCACCUCCUCCUCCACCCCCGAGCUCCAGGCCGAGGGCCCCAGCAUCUUCUCCGCAUCCGGCGAGGCCGCCCCUGCCCGCCGCAGAACCCGGCCUCCCGUCGGGCCUGCAGAAACUGUCCUGCCCAGAGAUGCCUUACUCCAGGGAAACCUAAAGGAGCGACACGAAUUGACUGCAUUCUCGCUCCGUCUGCACAAGCUGUGAACGCGGGAGACCGUGUGCAGGAGCCCCGCCUCGUGGAAUUCUCGUUUCUAGUGACGGCACGGGGGUGUCUUCUGCAAGACCCCAAGGCUCCAGUGCAGCAGGGCCACCAGCCACGGCCGCGUCCCUAGCCCUCCAAGCACUGCGGCCUUUUUUCUUACCGUCAUUGUUUUGCUACUAAGAUGAUUCAGAAUUUCAGUUUAUUUUUUCAGUGGAGGCUCUUGCCCCCAGGAAACCAGACCUGUUUUUGACUUUGAGACUCUCACUUUUGUCUGUGGCUCUGCCGAAGGAGACAGGACAGUAUUUCUGUUUGAAAAGUAUCGCUGGAGCACCAGUAGCCCCUCAGAGAGUGGGUGUCUCUACACUGUGGGGGUGUCUCAGCGACACUAAGUUGUCUCAGAAGCCUGUUCCUACCUGCCCUGCCACCGCUGUAGGGGUGGGAGGGGCCCUAGGUGAUGCUGGCUGAAGGGCUGGACCAGUGUCCUCACCCUCUCUCCUCGGUGUCCCCUGCUGCACACCAGCCUAACAUGUCCUGCCUGCCUUGGGGCUGGGUGGAGAAGGGAGGCGAGAAUCCCAACACAGUGACAGGGCUCCUGGAGGUGGCAGGAGAUGAGGCGCAGCCUGGCUGAGGGGAUGUGGGAGAGGGCGGAAGGUUGGGGGGCGCUGGGGGUAUUCCUUCAGACCUACCUCAGGGAAGCGGGAGGCCUCGGGGCUGACUGAUGCCGGCAAGCACUUUGCCGCACGCCUGAUACACAGUCAAGGCCCAGGAAAUACAGGUAGCUAAUGUUAUAAUAAUAUUUUUAUUAGAAUGUUCUGAUUAUAAAAAUAAAACUUGUUUUCUUUAAAGAAAAAGUUGGUCUGUAAUUCUCUUAAUGUGGGCACCUUUGGUGCCCCCCACACAGUGGUCAUGGGCAAGUCAGGGC